AUGGGGGAAAUACGAUGGAUUUUGGCGGUCGGAUCGGCUCUGAUCGCCUUCAAAUGCCUUCUGAUACCGGCGUACACUUCGACGGAUUUUGAGGUUUGUUUCUGGAGGUUUCUGGGGUAAUGCAGUUCUGAAGGUUUGGGUUACUGUAGAAGUACGGUAUUAUUAGCUAGAGAGCUGGAAAACUUAGUUUUUCAAGAUUACAGUUGUUUGAACUGUAGAUUACGGAAAGAGCCAAAAAUUGCAGUUUUACUGUAGGUUCCAGAAAGACAGAGUUACUGUAGAAUAAGAAGAGAAGUGUAGGAUUAGGUAAACAGGAUUGCUGUAGGUCCACCGCAACUGGAUGGCCGUGACGUGGCACCGACCGAUCGGCGAAUGGUACACGGAGGCCACUUCCGAGUGGACACUCGACUACCCGCCGUUUUUCGCGUUUUUCGAGCUCGCCCUGGCCAGAGCGGCACACUUUCUCGGGUACGGUACUCGCAGGAUUACUGCUGUCGACUUUGCAAAACUGAAACAAUUUCAGAAUAGAUGAGAUUCUGGAGAUAUCGAGCACGCCGAAAAUGUCACCCGAAAUCCGCGUGUUCCAGCGACUUUCCGUCAUUUUUACCGAUGUUUUCUAUGUAAGUCACACACGGUUUGAAAAUGUUCGAGUCAUGAAGCAAAUAUUGUUCAGAUCCUCGUGUGCGCCCUCUACUCGUUCCGGUCCCAUCGGUUGACCGCACGGAUCCCGCUGAAAUUGCGCCAAAACGCCCGUGAGGCCUGUUUCGUGCUGCUGACGUCACUCCAGGCACUGCUCCUCGUCGAUUCCGUUCAUUUUCAGUACAAUUCGAUGCUCACCGCCUUUUUCCUGCUCUCCCUCUAUUUUGUGGACUCUGGAAGGCUCUUGGCGGUUGGUGAUGGUCUAAAUAACGGAACGUUAGGCCAUAGAGGACUGGGUGCCUGAACCUUGGGCUUAGUUGCACUUUUCCGAUCGGACAGGCAUUAUGGACUUGGAUUGAAGUGGCUUGGGUCCAAGUUUCAGGCCGAUCGUUCAGUCCCCCGGUCGCUAGCUGGCCUAUCUUUCCAAGUGGCUAUUCUAGGCCACCUCGCAGAUUUGAAUAGUCUUUCCUAACUUUCCUCUUCUAGGCCGCCUUCACCUUCUCGGUGCUGCUCAACUUCAAGCACAUUUACGUGUACUACGCCUUCGGAUACGUCUUCUACUACAUGGCCGCCUAUUUUCAGUACUCUGGAUCGGUGCUCGGCGAAAAUGUGCCGAAAGGUUCCGGAAAACCCGUGUACUGACAAUAUCCAUUUAAUUGCAGCGCUCCUCCUCGCCGUCUCCCUCCUCGUCCCUUUUGCACUCUCUCUCCUCCCCUUCUUCAUUUUCGGCGGUGGUCCCAGUGGCUCCGAAUCCCUCCGACACAUCGCCGUCCGCCUUUUCCCCGUCUCCCGUGGCCUUACCCACGCAUUCUGGGCGCCCAACUUCUGGGCCCUCUACAAUUUUGCCGAUCUCAUCCUCUACCGCAUCCUGACCCUCUUCAAAGUUGGCAAUUUUCAACCGCCCACGUACACUUCCGGUCUGGUACAAGAAUACGCGCAUAGCGUACUGCCGAACGUCUCCACUUUGGGAACUUUGUGUCUCGUGACCGUUUCGUCUGUUGUGGUCCUUAUUGGACUGGUGAUCCGAAGACGAAAAGGUUGGCGUUGGCUAGUAAACGUUUUAGUUGAAAUCGGUGCUUCCAGACUCGAACCUUCCGGAUUUCUCGCUUUUCGCCGUCCUCGCCGCCCUCUCCUUCUUCUACUUUGGAUAUCACGUUCACGAGAAGGCCAUCAUUCUCGUCGCCGUUCCGAUGACGGUUUUCGCGAUUAAGGUGAGCACUGGAAACAUGUGGAAAGCGCAAACGGAACGCGUUUUUAAUUUUUAACACUAACUGACACUUGCUGGUCGUCUCGAGACCCAUCGAUGAUAAAAAAUGCGAUUUUAUGAACGUGCAAUAUACAAAACCGGUCGUUUCACUUUUCCUUCCCUUGAUUAAAUACUGUAAAGCCAAAAAUCGCCCAGUUGUUCUCAACGUUUUUGUGUGAAAUCUUGACGCCUAGUGAAACUUUUUCAAUGUUUGUUGUAUAUUGUACGUUCGGAAAACGUAUUUCCCGCAAUUGUCUAUUCUCCUUUCAGGACCCCAAAUACCUGCCUCACCUCGUCCGUCUCUCCACAAUCGCCUCGUUUUCCCUCUUCCCGCUGCUCUUCACUCCGCUCGAAAUCCCGCUCAAAUAUGCCAUUUGCGCCGCCUAUUUCCUCCUUCAACUCGUCGUUUUAAAGUGAGAAGUCAGCCCGUUUCUCUCAAAAAACACUUAUUCCAGACGAUUCACUAGAAUUUCGCUCUGGGACCUUUUGCCGACGCGCCAUUUGAUGGGAUUCGCAAUUCUCGCCCUCGCGGAAGUCUACAACACUUUUGUGCAUCAGGUACCUACCGUACUCCUUCUCGCUACAAUACCCUCUUCUUCUACAGUACCUCUUCUCCACGCGACUCCCAUUCGCCCCUCUUAUGGCCAUCUCGGUGCUCAACGCCGUCGAGCUCACCGACUUUUUCGGUUCGCUCAUCUGGAGCACCUUCCUCGACGGCCUCCUAGAAACCACGUGGCACAAGGCGACGUGCCGCCUACGCGAACAGCUCAUAAUCGACGCGACGUACUCGGUGCAGACGGUCGACGACGUCGAAGAAGUGCAACUCGUCGCUGGCGUCGACGUCUCCGCCAGCAAAACCAAUCAGGACCUGGUGGUCGUGUCGUUGAGUGUCUGGAAGUUUCCGCAAUGCGAGCACGUGGCUACAGUAGCUGAUACGCGGUGCCUACGACUACCCUACAUCCCGCAGUACCUGGCGGUGCGGGAGGCGCAAGUCGUGGCCGAGUUUGUGAAACAAGUGCUGGAAGAGCGGCCGCAGUUGAGGCCCGACGUGCUCAUGUGCGACGGAUUCGGACAGUUUCAUUCAAGAGGUAAAGAUAGAAAGAGUCAGGGCAGGGAAACAAAAAGUUUCAGAGACCUAGUCAAGUUGGCCUUACGGAACAAACGUACAUAGCUAAAAAGAUUGUAACGAGAGGAUUCCAAAUGUAUUCUUGAAAAACUCAUCUGAAACAUGAUUUAGAGGUCGGUAGCAAAAUUGAAGAACACGUUUCGAGAAUCCUCUUGUUAAGAUCUUUUGAUCCAUGUAGGUUGUGUGCCGAUAAGCCAACUUUUCUGUAGACAAUAAUGAGUCAAACCCCCAUCGAUUCCAGGUUGCGGAAUGGCGUGCCACGUGGGCGCCCUCACCGGAAUCCCGACAAUUGGAAUCGCGAAAAAAUCUGGCGCUCCACGACGUCUACGAGACUGUGGGAAUGGCGAACAAGACGAGAGUUGACGAAUUUGUGGACAGCAUUCGAGAAGUUUGAAAAACGCUAAAACCGCUUUGAAUUCCCGUCAAUUUAGGCAUUCAAAUCGAACAAAACGCCAGGAUUUGUGCCGUUCGAUAUUGUCGAUCCGGUCAAACUGAACGUGAUCCGAAUGGGCGGCUCGAUGAGCGGCGUUUUUGUGUCCGCCGGUUACGGUAUCGAGUUGGAUCUCGCCACGCGGAUAUCGAUUGGAAUGCUCGCGAAUAACACGACUUGUGAACCGAUCAGAGCGGUACAGAAUUUUCAGCAAAAAAAUUGGAUCAAAUUGAAAUCGGCUAACUUUUAGGCGGACCUCUCCUCACGGGAACGCGUUCGACACCAUUUCGACGGCGAAAAACACGAUUAA